UCUUCGAAUCACAAACCAUAGGUACUUUUCCCGAGCGAUUUCUCUCUGUUAUAUAGUUCCUCUCCAGAUCCGGCGAGCGAGGGGCGGGUUCGUUCUCCACCAGCUUUGGAUCCCGUCUGUCGUUCUUGGCAUCUCACUGGCGAAGCCGCUUCCCGCCGUCCCUGUACUCGGGCUCCGGUAACACCCCCCAGUCCCUCCCCCCUCCUUCUGCAUGGGCACCCGGCGAGCGACGCGAGACCUGGAUGCAUACUACACGGAUUCAGCAAUGUGUGACUGUAGUUAGCAGCCAAGAUAUACACAAACAAGAGAAUAAACGACUGGUGGUGAAGUAGCCUAAUAUUCUCGGGUUAUAGGUUCUGCAAAUUUUCAAGAAGAACCAAAUCAGGUCCAUAGCUUCUCCUGUCCAUUACGUCUGCCAGCUGCUCGGCACAAUGAAGCCUUCAGAUGACAGUGUGCAGCUCUCAGGUUUGAUGCAAUUGGAAGAGUCGUCCCUUGGCGUGGAGGGGUAUUGCCAUCAUCAGGAGACCUUUCCUUGUUCUCCUUCGAUGCAACCAAUUGCUUCUGGUUGUGUACACACAGAAAACAGCGCGGCAUACUUUUUAUGGCCGGCAUCGAACCUACAGCAUUGUGCGUCCGAGGGACGGGCAAACUACUUCGGAAACCUACAGAAAGGGUUACUGCCGGUGCUCCCUAGACAAUUGCCCAAGGGCCAGCAAGCAAAUAGCCUGCUUGACUUGAUGACUAUAAGAGCUUUCCACAGCAAGAUAUUGCGGCGGUUCAGCCUCGGAACGGCAGUGGGCUUCCGCAUAAAGAAAGGGGAUCUGACAAAUAUCCCUGCCAUUAUUGUCUUUGUUGAGCGAAAGGUUCACAAAAAGUGGCUUAAUCCGAACCAAUGCCUUCCUGCAAUUCUUACGGGACCAGGAGGUGUUUGGUGUGAUGUUGAUGUCGUAGAAUUUUCAUACUAUGGUGCACCGGCUCAAACACCUAAAGAACAGAUGUUCAGUGAGCUUGUUAAUAAGCUGUGUGGCAGUGAUGAAUAUAUUGGUUCAGGUUCUCAGGUUGCAAGCCAGGAUACAUUUGGAACUUUGAGUGCAAUUGUGAAACGGCGCACCAGCAACAAGCAGGUUGGUUUCCUCACCAACCGACAUGUUGCAGUUGACUUGGAUUAUCCUAACCAGAAGAUGUUUCACCCAUUGCCACCCGAUCGUGGGCCUGGUGUUUAUCUUGGAGCUGUCGAAAGGGCAACAUCUUUCAUCACAGAUGAUUUUUGGUAUGGAAUUUAUGCUGGAACAAACCCAGAGACAUUUGUACGAGCUGAUGGCGCAUUCAUUCCAUUUGCUGAUGACUUUGACAUUUCCACAGUCACGACUAUAGUUAGGGAGGUCGGUGAGAUUGGGGAUGUUAAGGUUAUAGAUCUGCAGUGUCCUAUCAAUAGCCUCAUAGGGAAGCAAGUUUGCAAAGUUGGCAGAAGCUCUGGUCACACAACUGGGACUGUAUUGGCAUAUGCCCUUGAGUACAAUGAUGAGAAAGGAAUAUGCUUCUUCACUGACCUCCUCGUUGUUGGUGAGAACCGCCAAACCUUUGACUUGGAAGGUGAUAGUGGAAGCCUAAUUAUCCUGACCAGCCAAUGUGAGGAGAAGCCACGUCCUAUUGGGAUAAUAUGGGGUGGCACAUCAAACCGUGGGAGGAUGAAACUUACAAGUGACCAUGGUCCUGAAAAUUGGACUACCGGAGUUGAUCUUGGUCGUCUUCUUGAUCGUCUAGAACUUGAUCUUAUCAUAACCAACGAAUCACUCAAAGAUGCUGUGCAGGAGCAAAGGAAUGCUUUUGUUGCUGCAGUUAUAUCCGCUGUUGGGGAGUCCUCCAUGGUGGGUGUCACCGCACCAGAAGCCACCUCGGAAGAGAAGGGGGAAGAAAUCUUUGAGCCUUUGGGGAUCAAAAUUCAGCAGCUGCCUCGUCAUGACAUGAUAAGCUCUACAACUGAAGGGGAGGAUGCAUCCAAUAGGCCGUCUGAUAUGGAAGAGCAUCAGUUCAUCUCAAACUUUGUUGGCAUCUUUCCGGUGUGCCGUGACCAAGAUGCUCCAAGGAGCAUCGCCAAUUUGAAUAAUCCAUCGGAGGAAGAGCUCGCCAUGUCGCUGCACCUAGGCGACCGAGAGCCCAAGCGGCUUUGUUUGGACCCAGAAUCAAACCAAGACCUGGAGAAGCGGCCUCGCCCAGACCCAGAAUCGAGCCUAGACCUGGAGAAGCGGCCUUGCUCUGACCCAGAACCGAGCCUAGACCUGGAGAAGCUGCCUCACUAUGACCCAGAGCCGAGCAUAGACCUGGAGAAGUGAAGCGUUCAUUUUCGACGUUUCUGGAAUGAGCUCGUGGACAAACAAAGCUGAGCAGAUGAAAGAUCUCCUGCAGCUCAGCAAGUUGAACCUGCAAUAUUAGCUUGAGUGCACUUGAUUUCUGGAAUGAGCUUUGGGAUAAACAAAGCGAGUAGAUGAAAGAUCCUGCAGUUCAGCAAACUGAACCUGCAAUAUUAGCUUGAGUGCACUUGAUUUCUGGAAUGAGCUUGUGGACAAACAAAACGAGUAGAUGAAAGAUCUUCAGUUCAGCAAACUGAACCUGCAAUACUAGCUUGAGUGCAUUUGAUUCAACUCUUGUAGGAUGUUGGGUGGUAGGCUUGUGGCCCUGCAGUUUUGCUGUGCUCAUUCAUUAGAUCUGAUGAUAAUACACGAUGCUGGAUCUGAACCUUUUUUUCCUUGGAAAUCGAUGUGGCUGGGACUGAUGAGAAUCUGGGACGAUUCAUCUUCCUAUUAUGCUGGUUAUUACAUCUUAAGAUGGACGUUUGUAAUCUUCUGCCCUUCAUUUGGGAAAUUUAUAAAGAAUGCCGGCUCUAAAAUUUA